AAGAGCUGUUUUAACUGUGUCAUUAAGAAUCGGAUCCCUGUCCAUUCGGGACAACACGAAGACAAGCAUACAGAAUGAGGACAUCGCUUUUCAUCGUCGUUGUAAUGAUGUGGCAGUGUGAUUGUUUGCGUUUUGUCUGUCCCGAGAUGUGCCGGUGCUCCAUCAAGUCCAUCAGCUGCACCAGCGCGACUGAAGCCACGGCGCAGAAGCAGCGCGGCGCGUUCAGCAGACUUGUUCUGAACUAUAUCCACUUGAGGACAAUUCCCAGUUUCAGCUUCGAUGGACUGCGAGGUGUCAAAAGAAUAGAAAUUGCUCAAAGUGUCACGCUGGAAACCAUAGAGACCCAGGCCUUCAACAACCUCUUCAACCUCUCAGAGAUAUCUAUUCAAAAUACCCGGAGUCUGGUCCAUAUCCAUCAGCGGGCCUUCAACAAUCUCCCAAAACUGAGAUACCUGAGCAUCUCCAACACCGGGAUAGUUGCUUUUCCUGACCUGACAGCCAUCACAUCCCUUGAAGCUGAUUUCAUGCUAGAUAUCUGUGACAACCUCCACUUGCAGUCAAUCCCAUCAAAUGCCUUUAUUGGAAUGACAACUGAAGACAUAACAAUGAAUCUUUAUAACAAUGGCUUCAGGGAAAUACACAAACAUGCCUUUAAUGGGACAAAAAUAGAUAAACUAACCUUGAAAAACAACCGCAAGCUGCAAAUAAUCCACAGGGAUGCGUUUAUUGGAGCUUUUGGCCCAGCUGUAUUAGACGUGUCCUCUACUGCUCUGGAGACGUUGCCAUCUCAUGGCCUGCAGUCUGUGUUGAUGCUGGUAGCUCGCUCAGCCUUUUUGCUAAAGAGACUGCCUCCUCUAAACAGUUUGGAAAGCCUAAGAGAGGCUCAUCUCACUUACCCGAGCCACUGCUGUGCUUUACUCAGCUGGGACACACACAGGGAGUCUCCAUCUUCAGCACAGAGAAAUGGAUCUUCAUACUGCGAGCCCCAGAGUCCAUUUGAUAAGGGGUCUGAAAAAGAGGCUUUUUAUCCUGACAUGUUGGAUCCACUAUCUGAAGCCAGCUAUAGCAACAUGGAUUUUGAGUACCCGGAUUUCUGUCAAACCAAACCAGCCCUCCAGUGCAGCCCAGAGGCAGAUGCCUUCAACCCCUGUGAGGAUAUUGCUGGGUUUGGGUUCCUUCGUGUGGCCAUCUGGUUCAUCAACAUCCUGGCAAUUGCUGGCAACCUGACUGUUCUUCUAGUGUUAUUCGCCAGUCGCUGCAAACUCACGGUACCACGCUUCCUUAUGUGUCACUUGGCCUUCGCUGACUUCUGCAUUGGUGUGUACCUCCUCAUGAUUGCCAUUGUGGAUUUGCGGACGCGUGGCUACUAUAGCCAGCAUGCCAUCGAAUGGCAGACAGGAGUGGGCUGUAACAUUGCCGGCUUCUUGUCUGUCUUUGGCGGAGAACUGUCCAUCUACACACUCUCUACGAUCACAAUAGAACGUUGGUACACCAUCACCCAUGCCAUGCAGCUGGAGCGCCGACUUGCUCUGCCCCAUGCUGCUGCAAUAAUGGCUGCAGGCUGGCUGCUCUGCCUGGGCAUGGCACUACUUCCAAUUGUUGGCAUAAGCAGUUACAGCAAAGUAAGCAUGUGUCUGCCCAUGGACAUUGAAACACCUCUAGCACAGGCUUAUGUCAUUCUUCUGCUGCUUUUCAAUGUUGGGGCUUUUCUGGUGAUUUGUGGUUGCUACAUGCGGAUCUACAUGGUUGUCCGCCACCCCGAAGUGCCCGGCCGUGCUGCCGAUACCAAAAUCGCCAAGCGCAUGGCCGUGCUUAUCUUCACUGACUUUCUUUGCAUGGCGCCAAUCUCUUUCUUUGCCAUCUCAGCUGCGUUUAAGGUGCCUCUAAUCACAGUCACCAACUCGAAGAUCCUUCUGGUGCUCUUCUAUCCGAUCAACUCCUGCGCCAACCCGUUCCUCUAUGCCAUAUUCACCAAGGCCUUCAGGAAAGAUACCUGCAUUCUGCUAAGCUCUAUGGGCUGCUGUGAGAGCAAAGCCAACCUGUACCGCAUGAAGACCUACUGUUCCGAGAACACUGCAAAAAUGACGAGCUCCUCAGUUGCCAAGGGCCCUCAAGCUGCUAUGUGGUUGUCAGGCUUUCCUCAUCAAAAGUGCCAGCUUCAAACAGACAGGGGACAGAAAGAUAGCUGUGGAGAACAUCUCACAUGACUGUUAUUUUAUCUCACAUAAAAAGGGUUUUUUUUUGUUCUGAAAAAGUGUGAUUUGUCCCAUGAGAAACAACUUUGUUAUUCUGAAUUUAUUUAUACCAUUGACAGAGAGGUAGACAAGAGAAACUGAUAGUUUUAGACAGCCUGGAUUGGUAAAGAAAAAGGAGAAAACUGAUUUGUCCUCAUAUGUCACAUUGCAAUUUGUCCUUUCCAUCCAUUUUUACACUUUUUAGCUGUGAAAUGAUCAUUGCCUACUUCUCCGUCAUAAGAAGGAACAUCACAGACCCUGAAUACAUCCUUUCCCUCCAUUGUUAAUAUGUUGUUUAUAAGUCGGUUAUUAUUUUUGUCCGACAAAUUAGAUUUUAUAUAAUUUCUUGUUUUUUUACUGUAAAGUUACCCACAACUCAAGCAUCUCUUCUUAUCUCUGAUAGAACAACAUAGUCUACAUCAUUGUCAAAGAGGUCAGAUGGAAAUGACUGCUUGUUCCGCAGCUAACCUUGUUUUAUGAACACUUGGGACAGCUUUACGAUUUCAACAUGGUGAGUGUAAAAUGAACAGUUUUCUAGGAGAAAUUGCGACAUACUGCGGACAAUAAAUGAACUCCGGAUUUCUGAAAGAAAAGAUAUAGUCAUAUUUCAGUUGCUGAAAAUUUGAGCUUGAUCUGACCAAACCACUCUUUAGUAGCUACUAAAACAGAAGCUGAGCUGAUGCGUCUGGUAAGAUGUUAAGUUAUUUUUUUCUUUUCUUAAUACUUGUCUAAAUUGAUAAAUAUAUAUUUGAGUUUCUUGGCCUUGCUUGUGUUAUUUUCUUAUUUACUUCACAAUAUAGUAUUAAGAGCAUUUACUGGGUGCCUAAAAAGAGUCUACCAGCUUGUCCAUCUCGGUCUCAGUUUUCUCACAGCCUGUCAGACUGAGGGUUUUUUUGCUUGCUUGUUUUUUCAAAAGAUUUCAUAUUCCCUCUCAUGUACAGAGUAUUUUAGCUGAGCAACAAAUUAAAUCAGUUCAUUAAAUUAACAGACUUUACACAAAGCUGUUUUGAAUAACUUACCUUCUGAAAUUUAAUGACAGUUUGAACACAUCCACAUACUCCUAGAUAUUUUCCAUUUGCCAUCUCAUUCUAAAAAUCAAGGUCAGUUUGAAUGUGGUUAGUAUUUAUAAUGUUAGAUGUUUUGGUUUCAGAUUUUUUGGGCACCUUGUGUAAAUGUAGUUAACUGCAUUCUCAUGACACACUCCAUAAUAGUGUCUGUUUAAAAUAACUAAAGUAAAUGAAUAAAGGAUGAAUAAAGGCUCCAACAGAAAAAAGAAAAGAAAAGCCCACAACACAUGGUUGUUGACAAACUGACAGUUUUGUUGCUGUGUUCCAAAAUCAAGGUCAGCUUGGUCUGGUCACUAUUUUGCCUCAGUGCUACAAUGCUAACUGCUUGAUUGUAUCAUGCAGGACUCCAG